AUGGCCAAGAAGGGCAAGAAGACGGGUGAUAACCUCAACACCAAGCUCGCUCUCGCGAUCAAGAGUGGCAAGUAUGUGCUUGGCUACAAGCAGACCCGCAAGAUGCUUCGUCUUGGCAAGGCACAGCUCGUGAUCAUCGCCAGCAACGCCCCCGCUCUGAGGAAGUCUGAGCUCGAGUACUACGCUCUCCUGUCCAAGUCUCUUGUGGAGCACUUCAAGGGCGACAACAUUGAGCUUGGCACGGCCGUCGGUCGCUACCAUCGCGUCGGUGUCCUCACCAUCACGGACCCUGGUGACUCUGACAUUGUCCGCAGCCUCCAGCAGCAGCAGGCAUAA